ACAAUUCUUGCGACGCACGUGUGCCCGUAGUGAGGCGAAGAGAUGGCUGCGGACAGGGUUCAGUUUCAUGAAAUGGGCAUUGACGACCGUCUUUUAAAGGCGGUCGCAGAUCUGGGUUGGUCCCAGCCCACGUUGAUCCAGGAGAAGGCCAUCCCUUUAGCUCUGGAGGGGAAAGACCUUCUGGCCCGAGCUCGGACCGGAUCAGGAAAGACGGCUGCUUAUGCCCUCCCCGUCAUACAGCGGAUCCUGGCCUCCAAGCAGAGUGUUCGUGAGCAGGAUGUACGGGCGCUGAUUCUGGUGCCGACCAAAGAGCUCGGCCAUCAGGUGCAGACGAUGAUCAGACAGCUGACGGCGUUCUGCUCGAGGGACGUCCGAGUCGCCGAUAUCUCCGGGACAGCCGACCUAUCAGCACAGAGGCCGAUCUUAAUGGAGAAGCCGGACGUGGUCGUUGGGACACCGUCUCGUGUUCUCGCCCACCUGAACGCCCAGAACCUUCUCCUGCACUCGUCGCUGGAGAUGCUGGUCGUAGACGAGGCCGACCUGCUCUUCUCUUUUGGCUUCGAGGCCGAUCUGAAGAACUUGUUAUGUCACCUGCCGAAUAUCUACCAGUCGUUCCUGAUGUCGGCCACUCUCACUGAGGAUGUUCAGGCCUUAAAGGAGCUGCUGCUACACAACCCGGUGAUCCUGAAGCUGCAGGGCUCCCAGCUGCCCGACAGCAGCCAGCUGCAGCAGUACAGCAUCAAGUGUGAGGAGGAGGACAAGUUCCUGCUGAUCUACACGCUGCUGCGGCUGCGGCUGGUUCAGGGGAAGACGCUGGUGUUUGUGGGCGCCGUGGAGAGAAGCUACAGACUCAAACUGUUCCUGGAGCAGUUUGGGAUUCCCGCCUGUGUGCUGAACUCGGAGCUCCCCGUCCAUUCCAGGUGUCACAUCAUCACUCAGUUCAAUCAGGGAUUUUACGACUACAUCAUCGCCACGGACGAGCAGAGUUUGGCCGACCCCACGGCCGCUCCGCAGACGACGUCGGGCAAAGGGAAGAAGAAGAAGAGCGCAGCGAGAGACAGGAAGACUAAGGACAAAGAGUUCGGCGUCUCCAGAGGGGUGGAUUUCCAAAAUGUUGCCAACGUCAUCAACUUUGAUUUCCCCGCAACCAUAGAGUCGUACAUCCAUCGAGUGGGAAGGACGGCGAGGGCGGACAACCCGGGCACCGCUCUGUCCUUCAUCUCCCACACGGAGCUCGCUCUGCUGUCGGAGGUGGAGGAGGCUCUCUCAGGAGACAAAUCAGAUUCAGUUCUGAAACCAUACGAGUUUAAGAUGGAGGAGAUCGAAGGCUUCAGGUACCGCUGCAGGGAUGCGAUGCGUUCAGUGACCAAGCAGGCGGUGAAGGAGGCUCGGCUGAAGGAGAUCAAGACGGAGCUGCUCAACUCAGAGAAACUCAAAACGUAUUUCGACGACAACCCGAGAGAUCUGCAGCUGCUCAGACACGACAAAGACCUCCAUCCUGCAGUCAUCAAACCUCACCUGAAGAACGUCCCAGAGUACCUCAUCCCAGAGACUCUGAGGAGCUCGGUGAAUCCUCUGUCAGCUCGCAGGAGGAAGAAGAAGAUGAUUGAAAAGUCCAAACCAGAAGGACUCGUGAAGAGCAGCUUCAAGAAGAACAUCAGUGGGAAGAACCCGCUGAGGAGUUUCCGAUACAGCGGAGCGAGGAACAGAAAGGUGAAAUAAGGAAGAUCGACGCUGCAGCAGCAGAAAACUCUGAAUGUUUAAAGUGUGCAGAGACUCUCUCUCCUGGAAGAAGGUAUGCCCCCCAUUAACGACCCAAACGGGACGAAUAUAAAGUACACAGACUCUGGACUAAACGGGCGAUCGAAGCUGAAUGGACCGCGGACUAAUCGGAGCAUGAACGAGGAGGACUUGUGUGAACUUUGCAAACGAAAAUGCAGCGAAAGGAAAACAGCAUCCAUGAUAUCUAAUUUCUUUGACGUCUGUUCUGAAAAAAACUUUGAAAUCUUUAUUAAAAUAAAAAUAAUCUCUUCUCAAA